GGAGUUCGUGAGAGACAAGAAAUACAGAACAGAAGCGGAAGCGUUUGGCUGGAGCUUUGUCUUUGAGGAUUUUGUAUCCGAAGAGCUGAAAAACAAGGUCACCCAGAAGCUGGAGUCUGCCCCGUGGUGGCUGCCCAUCGAGAAGGCUUUUUGGCGACAGCCCUCGGGUCCUGGCUCCAGCAUAAAGGACAGGCUGGAUUACCCGGUACUGCACGUGAGCUGGAAUGACGCGCGGGCGUUCUGUGCCUGGAAAGGGAAGAGGCUGCCAGCGGAGGAGGAGUGGGAGUUCGCUGCCAGGGGAGGACUGGAGCAAAGGGAGUAUCCAUGGGGGAACAAGUUUCAGCCAAACCGUACAAAUCUGUGGCAGGGCCGUUUCCCGAGGGUCGACACGGCUGAGGACGGCUAUCACGGCGUCUCGCCGGUGGCAGCGUUCCCUCCUCAGAACAGCUACGGGCUCUACGACCUGCUGGGGAAC